UUUAGCGGACUGAAAGACAUUUGUUAAAGUUGACGAGAAAAAUUUACCUAACAGGAAUGUUUUAUUUUACAGGAUGACAUAAGAAAGAAACGGACUUAAGUACUGUAAAACUAGUAACAGUAAAUCAAAACAAGGCCUAAAAGAUCAAAGGAGGAAAAAAGGGUUUUACAGAUAGAUGUCACAAUUUUCUUUCACGGUGCCAAAUUUUUUGACGGGAAAUCACAAUGCCUCCAUAUACAUGGUGCGACAAAGAGUGACGGUUCAGACAUUACAUUGCGUGACAUGGACAUCAGGACUCCGCUGGCUGAAACACAACGACGUGUUCAAAAUAAAUUAUGACCUUCAAAUGUCAUUCGCUUUUCGCGCUCUUGUCGAGAGUAACGAAGCCCGGUUUGAAAGGCAGCCUAUCUAGAAAGAUGAUUGGAAAUAUUAGAAACGUUAGUACAUGUAAUGGAGUCAAUGGAAGCGAUGACCAUUCAGUGAACAGAAACAUCACAGUGGCCAUAGAGGGAAACAUUGGAAGUGGAAAGACAAGUCUUUUGAAGUUUUUCAAGAAAAAUUCAUUGGUAGAGGUUAUUGAGGAACCUGUGAAAAAAUGGCAGAAUGUUGAUGGAAAUAAUACUUUGGAACUUAUGUAUAGUGAUCCAAAGAGAUGGAGUUACUUGUUUGAGUCCUAUGUCCUUCUCACUAUGAUGCAAGUUCACCAUAGACCCCAGACUACACCUGUUAGACUACUUGAGAGAAGUGCAUAUAGUGCAAGGUACUGCUUCAUGGAAAAUCUCUAUAGAAGUGGUAUGUUGUCAACAGUAGAGUAUACAAUCUUUCAAGAGUGGUUUGAUUACCUUAUGGCAAAUGAAAAGCCUCAGAUAGAUUUAAUAGUAUAUCUCAGAACAUCACCAGAGAAAUGUAUGGAAAGAAUAAAGAAGAGGAGUAGAGAUGAGGAAAGUUCAGUGUCAAUGGAACUUUUAAAUUCUUUGCAUGAAAGAUAUGAAGAAUGGCUGGUGAAAAAGAGCAAAUUCUCCCUGCCUGCUCCAGUAGUAGUGGUAGAUGGCAAUAAAAGCUUAACUGAUAUGUUCCAGUUUUAUGAAACAAAUACUCAGCUUCUUUUGGGUAUUAAUGCCUCAAAAAAACUGGGUCGAGUUUUUGUUGUUCCAGACUUCUCACGUCCACUAUUUUUACUUUCCCGCCACAAUUUGAUUAUUUUCUUCAAUUGUCGCCAUAUUUCUUCUUACUCGGCACUUCGUUAUUUGGAGGGAUUUGGAGAAAUAAACAUUUGUAAUUUGGCGCUUUCCUCGGUUUCUUCAACAAUGCUUAGUUAUACGGAUUCUUUGGUAUCAGAGUGUGCAAUGGAAGAAGAUACACGGGAAAGAAAUAUUACGGUUGCAGUAGAAGGCAACAUAGGAAGUGGAAAAACUACUCUUCUCAAUCAUUUUAGACAUCAUUCCGAAGUAGAGGUACUGGAGGAACCUGUGGAUAAAUGGAAGAAUGUUGGUGGCAAAAAUCUUUUAGAGUUGUUUUACACUGACUGUCAACGGUGGAGCUACUUGUUUGAAUCUUAUGCUGUUCUUAGCCUCAUGAAAAUUCACAAAAAACCCCAUGUUACACCAGUGAAAAUGAUCGAAAGGAGUGUCUACAGUGGCUACUUUUGUUUUGAGCACAAUCUUUGUAAAAGUGGCAUGAUGUCCAAAGCAGAACACUCUGUUCAUAAUGAGUGGUUCAACUGGAUAACAAAGCAGCAGCAACCUCAUCUAGAUCUAAUCAUUUACCUAAAGACAUCUCCUGAAACCUGCAUGGAAAGAAUAAAGGCAAGAAAUCGAAGUGAAGAAAAGACAAUCCCUAUGGAACUCCUAAAUGCAUUACAUGAGAGACAUGAAGAAUGGCUAAUUCAAAGAAAGUUUCCAGUUCCUGCUCCAGUUAUGGUUGUAGAUGGAAACAGAGAUCUUGAUGAGAUGAUAACUUUUUACAAGAAAAAUGACCAGUACAUUCUUGGAAUGAAACAAUGGCCACAGUUACACUCUCUACAACAACCAGUAUGUUAAGAGCACACCAAAAAACAUGAACAAGAAUGUAAUAUAUAUUUAUGUUAUAUGUGUUUCAGCCAAACUAUACUCUGGAGAAGAGCACUUUGUACAUGUAUUUUUUAUGAACACAUGAAAUUAACCAAUUGCUGUUGCUUCUUUUGUCUCAAAUUUUUCUGUGAAGCACUUACAUGCUGGGUACUACAUUACAUAGUUUCAAAAGUUCAAUCAAAAUGAGCCAAAACAUAGCAUUUUAUCUAAUAUUUUCUUAUGUAACUGGUUAAGUCUACUACAGUAGUAAGACCUGGUAGUAUUUGAAUUUUUGUUAGGAGUAUUUGUAUUCAUGUAGCAUUUUAAGGGUGCACUGUGUUUGGCAGAUUCUACUGUUUGUAGAUUUUAAAAAAUUGUAUUUGUUACCUGUACAGUAACUUUGUUUUGUCUGUAUAUCAAAGGUACACCCCCUUCAACGUGAGACCUUUAACACAAUCUGCUACAAGCUAUGACAUACAAAAUGUAAUUAUUUUCCACGCUUUUCAAGAAUAGUGUGUAAAGAAUGGAAAAAAUAAAUUAUUGAAUAAAUAAAAACAAAAUACCAGUAGCUUUCAGUAGUUUAACAAAGUGAAAAAUGAGUCACUAA